GAGCAACUGCGGACGCCAUGGCUGCGGGGUUCGGGAGAGAGGUCGUCGAGGGAGAGGACGGGGAGCAUGGGGACGGGGAACAGAAGAGCGGUGUCGGAGGAUAGCGGUUGUGCGGCACGUACUGCGAACGAGGCGAACGAGGUUGCCGGAAGUACGGGAAUCGACCCCUUUGUCCGCCCUCCAUCAUAUGCGGCUCACACCGCUCGCGCUAUCCCGUCGUCGAGCAGGAUCACCCCGUAUGUGCCCACUAUCGCGCCGUCGACGAAUGUGCACAACGCACGCGCACCUCAUCACACCGUAACCAUUCGUGCACUUGACCGGGCCAUCUCCCAACGUUGCGCUCGAGGUUUGCUGAGGGCAGACGCCGCCGGAGGUUGAUGCAGAUGUCCUGGUUGAUAUGCACUCGCGUGUCCCUGCUGUCGGAGAGAAUGUGUGCGUGGCGACGACGAAAACACAAAAACGCGCGCGCU